CAGAGAUGACGAAGGACAAACUACAGGAGAGAGAAGACAUCAAGUUAAUGACAUCUAAAAUUGUGAACAAAAGUUUACAUACACUUGUGAAGACCAUGUAUAUCGUGGUAGUUUUGAGUUUUUAAUUAUUCCUGAUUUUUAAUUUUCUAUGAAUGAAUCAUUGAAAUAUGUGUCUUUGUCACAAAAACAACCAUGCAUUUUGGUUCACUGAUUCAUUCAAAGCAUUGACUAAAACAAGUCAGGAAAAUCACUUUGAGCCAUUUCAAAGCAGCUAUAGAUCCUAAAAUCAUUUGUUUUAACAGUUGUUUGUAAGUACAAAGUGCAUGGUACAAUUGUGUUCCUGAAGCAUCACCUGCUGCUGACAGCUGGUCAGGAUUUCAAGAGUCAAUCAAGAAUCACUAAAAAGCAGGUCUGCAAUGAAUUAGAAGCUGCUGGACCACUGGUGUCAGUGUCCACUGUGUUUUACAUCAACAUUGGCUGAGAGGCUGCUGUGCAGGAAGGAAGCAUUUCCUUUAGAAGCAGAACCUUAAGGCCCGACUGAAGUUUUCUGCUGAUUACAUGAACAAAAAAGUCACUCUGGAGAAAGGUUUUUUGGUCAGAUGAAGCAAAAAUUGAGCUAUUUGGCCACAAUGAACGGAAAUAUGUUUGGAGGAGAAGGGGAGGCCUUUAACCCAAAGAACACUAAAACUACCAAACCAUCAAGCACGGCAGUGGUAUUAUUAUGCUCUGGGGCUGUUUUGGUGCUAGUGGAACUGGUGUUUUAUAUAAGUGAAUGUAAUAGAGAAGAAGUGAAUGAAAGAGAAAAGAAGGAGGAUUGUCUCCACAUUCUUCAGGAAAACCUAAAAUCAUCCGCCAAAAGGUUGGGUCUUGGCCAACAAAUUUAGUGGAACUGCACCAAUUCUGUAAAGACAAGUGGUCAAAGAUACAACCAGAAGCUUGUGAAUAGCUACCAAAAGCAGCUAAAUGAGGUGAAAAUGACCAUGGGACAUUUAACCAAAUAUUAACAUUGCUGUGUGUAUAUUUUUGGCCCAGCAGAUUUUAGUCAUAUUUCCAGAAGGCCUAUGAUAAAUUUGGAUGAAAGAACCAAAAUCCAUGACUGCUUUUUUGUAGAAACAUGUUUCAAUGAUUCCAUCAUAGAAAAUUAGGGAAAUAAAAGAGAGGAGAGCUGCUCAGUGCAAUACGAGAGGUUCUCAGCAGCCCUGGCCUACAGCAGCAUAUCUAAGGGAUGUUCAGGGUCACCUAAUAUAGCACAAUGAAGUCUUUAAAAUGCAAUGGAGCUUGGUCAUUAAGAGACUUGUAUCUAAGAAGAAGGAUUUUAAAAUCUAGUCUGGGUUUUUACAGGGAGCCAAUGAGUCGACACUCAAAAACUACAAACAUGAUCUCUCUUGCUGGUCCGGAUCAGAACUCUAGCUGCAACAGUUUAGACCAGUGGUCCUUAACCUUGUUGGAGGUACUGAACCCCACCAGUUUCAUAUGCGCAUUCACCGAACCCUUCUUUAUUGAAAAAUAAAAUAUGAUUUUUUUCAAGUUCAAGACCUAGUUAUAUGUUUUACUGGUGCACAAAAUGAACCGUGCAUUAACAUCACUUGUGUUCUUGUAUUCCCCAUCUCCAUGCAGCUUAAGGAAGUGUUCCUUUAGUUUUGCCGGUGCUAGACUAGAAUUGCUUAACUUGGCAUUGCAAAUCAUGCAGAUAGGACGCUGACUCCCAUCACGUUCCGUUAUACAUGUGAAUCCAUGUUGUACAUAUUCGUCCGACCACUUUCUUUUUUUGCUCAACAUAGUUAGUAUGGAUUAAAAUAUUGAAGAAAUCACACGGCGUACCAUCACGACAGUCACAAGUCGACUACUGAGCACACCAAAUUCCCUGCAGCACAGAUUGGCCAAGCAAUGUAGCGUGAUCACCUGCAGCCAGUGAUGGCCAUGCGGGGCGUGUCAUCACCAAUCAUAUGAGUCGGCUGUGUGUCUUGACCUCCAUCGAACCCCUGAGACUGACUCACCGAACCCCUAGGGUUUGAUGGAACCCAGGUUAAGAACCACUGGUUUAGACCAACUGGAGGUUUUUCAGAGAUUUAUUGAAUUAUCAUGAUAAAAAGAAAAUACAGUCAUCAAGCCUUGAGGUAACUAAUCCAUGGACUAGUUUUUCAGCAUCUUUUGGAAACAGGAUGUUUGAUGAUUCUUUGCAGAUAGGCAAAACAUAUUUAUGUGAGAGUUAUGCUGAUGAAAAAAUAAUCCAAGGGUUCUUCAAAGAAAUUUUGUCUCUGUUGAGAAGUAGAAAAUAUCAAUUCUUAUCUGUCCUUAAGAAUGCUGCCAGUUUCAUUAAAUGAUUCAUUUCGUCUGACUUACAGUUAAGAGGUGCAACAUGGCAGUAAUACAAUAUAUAACAUUACAGUAGCCAGGAUGUAUGUGUUUCACAAGCGUUAUGAAAUGAAUAAUCCAAACUCACAUUCUGCCAUUUGUUUUUUUAUUUUUAUUUUUUACUGAUUUCCAAUAAAACUGUAGACAAAAUUUACAAGAGAAUAAAUGAGUCAGGAAAGGGUGUGGGUUAGCGAAAGUUGGUGAAUUAUGAGGAAGAGAAGUGUGUUGCUUUGGUAAGCAGAUUAUUGUCAGAAACAGAAACAAGGAGGAGUUUACAGAGAAGUUCAGCUCUUCAUCACUGCAUAUCUUUGUCACACUCAAGUUGGUAAAACAGGUUUAAAAUUAAAAAGGAAUCAGAGCUGAUGAUGGGCGUUAGAAACCUACCUUAUGCUUCUGGCAGGAGUAAGUAACCUAAUGUUGUAUUUCCACAAUGUCUGUUGCUGUUAUGUAGCUUGUUUAAUUCAGAGUUUACGAUGAACAAUGUGUCUGCUUGAUUUUUUUUCACACAGAAGAAAAACUCUACACACUGGUUGGUGUGAGUUUUGGACUCCUGUGUAUUCUACAGGCUGCUCUUAACGUUUCCCUGCAUCUGACUCUUUACAGUUCUGAUGCAAAAACACCAGAUUUUGAGGCCACUGAUCAAAACUUGACGGAGAGAGAGAUGUUGAAGAGGAAUCUGGAUAUAUUUCAUCAAUAUUCCCAACAAGGCUGGGUGUAUUUCAAACACAGUUUCUAUUACGUUUCUCCUGUUAAAAAAAACUGGAGAGACAGCAGACAGGAGUGUCUGCAGAGAGGUGCAGACCUGGUGAUUAUCAACAGCAGAGACGAACAGGUGUUUACCACACAGUUCAAAAAGGCCAUAUGGAUCGGACUGACAGACUCAGAGACAGAGGACAUAUGGAAAUGGGUGGACGGAACUCUGCUGAGCACAAGCUACUGGUUUGGCAGUGAGCCCAACAACUUUGGAAGCAGAGAUGAAGACUGUGUAGAACUCGGUGUCUAUGGAACUGAAAUGAACUGGAAUGACGCACCGUGUAGGUUUAAAAACUUCUGGAUCUGCGAAAAGAUGCUGGUUCUGUAAUUCUCCAUCUGAUGUCACCAGACAGGUGUUUGCCAUCAUACACAGACACAAACACUUAUGCAAACAUGCUGUGAGUUUAUCUUCAUAAACCUUUUCACUGGGAGACAUUUUUAUGUGUCACUGCAGUAAAAUCAGUGGGAUCACAAAGCUAAAUUAAUGAUGGAUGGAUAUAAUGUAGCUGCUUUGGUUUCAGGAUCCUGAUGCUGCACAUGUUUGUUCUGGUUUCUGAGUGACAUAAAGUCUAGAACAGAAUUCAUGUUUAGUUUUCAUAGCUGUGGUUACAGGUUUUGUUAAUGGUUAGUAAAUCAUUUACUAAUGUAGAAGUUUGCAUUCUGGAGC